AGACCCCACAAGCCCUUUGUGUGGAGGAUCGAUUGAUCUCAUCUUAGUGGAAAACGUUGGUUGCAACCUCCUCCUCCUCCUCUUCUCUCUCUUUCUUUCCCUUUCUUUCUUUUAGAGCCGAAACAAAAAGGUUAAAUAAACUUUCCCUUUUAUCUUUCUCGCUCUUUCUCUCUGAAACCCUAGUUCAGCUCCAGAGGAAGAAGAGCCCAGAAAGAAUAUCAACACGGUCACGCACCGCUUGACGUAUCUUGGGUCUCUUCUCCCUUCUUUCCACCGGCAAGAAAGAUCUACCCAUUUUCGUUUACCAUCUGCACUUGGUUGUCCAUUCUAUCUCCAGCUCAAAAAGAAGUCAGCCACAGAGAGAGAGAGAGAGAGAGAGAGAGAGAGAGAGAGAGAGAGAGAGAGAGGGAGGGAGGGAGAAGUGUAGAUCAAGGCAGUUAGAAGCUAUAGCUUUAUGGGUUCUUUUGCUCCGUCUCCAUUGAAGUUAGCAAGCAGAUCAGCAUCUCUUUUCUUUGGUCAGCAGUUGCUUUUGCAGGGUCAACUCUUCUGGUAAGCUCUCUCUAGCUCUCUCUCUCUCUCCCUUCUCUCUUCUCUCUCGCUCUCUCUGCUAUGGAUUCUGGUAACAGUGGGAGCAUGCAAUCUUCGAGCGGCGGAGACGAAGAUUACGAUGACUCGAAGGCUGAAUCGUCCCCGCCGGUUUUAUUAAAUUCUCCUCCAGCUCAUACCAACAAUAUAGGCUCCUUCUCUAGUUCACACUCUCCAUUUCCCUAUUUCCACCAAAACAACCACCUACCCUCUUUAUAUGAUUCUACUUCCACUUUUGUUCCCACCUACACUCACCCAAACCCAAAUCUCGCCACCGCCCAUUUCGAUCUCGGCAUGUUCCGAGCGGACCCGAGAUCCGACACUGUGCCCGGACCCUCCUCGUCCAGCCAAGGCAUGUUGCUUGUACAAGGGGCAAGCCAAGGACAGCCAUACCCAACUUCAUCAUCAUCCUCGUCUCUACAAGCGCAAUUAGUCCAUGAAGCGCCGCAGCUCGCGCGGGAUGAUCGGGCCAAGGCCGCAAGGAACCCCCGGAAGAGGACUCGAGCAUCGAGGCGCGCCCCGACCACUGUCCUCACCACCGACACCACGAACUUCCGGGCAAUGGUGCAAGAGUUCACCGGGUUCCCCGCCCCGCCCUUCUCGGGCCCCCGCAAGCUCGACCUCUUCGGCGGUGCCAGCUCAAUUGGCCCGCUUUUCCAUCCUCUCCGCCCCUCGGCUCAGAAGCUUGACGCCAACAUGGUCAGCAACACGAUUAGCCACCUCACCACUUCAAUAGCAAACAAUUUCCGAAACACUGGUUGCCACAGCGUCCCUCCAUCCGCUUUCCAAUUGAACCCACAAAAACAGCCUCAAAACCCUCUCACCCUGCAAAACAACGUCCUCACAUUCCCUUCUCUCACACAUGACCCUCUUGGUGCGCCAACUAUACUACCGGGUUUCGGCUUGAAUUCUCAAGGAAACAUGGGAAGAGCAGUAAAUUCUUCGGAUAAGGAACUCGCCAUGAGCCCCGCAAACUUCAACCCCAACUGGCAGGACGGCCUUGCGAGCCACGAGAACACGGCGAGGACGAACGAGGGUGGUUGGAGAGAAGGAGGCAGGUCGAAUGGAGGGAAGGAAUUGGAGCAGUUGAGGCCCUUCAACGAGACCAACUAUGGGAACUCAUCACAGAGCUUCAAUGGGUGCAAGCUCAAUUAUUCAGCUUCUUCUUCGUCAGAGUUUCACAAUGACAAGAGCCUGGACAACAGCAAUGUCUCUGCAAGAGGUGAAGGAAGGGUCGAUUACUGGAUUAGUCCCACUGAUUAGGCCUCCACAUAGAACUCGAGAAAGGUAAUAUUAUUUAGCGAAUGAUGACUGAUGAGAAUGAUGCACCGAGUCCAGAAAUGGAGGGGGAUGAAUUACAAAUAUUGUUCUCAUGAUGAGGAUUCGGUGAUAGUGACUGUAAUGAUGAGGCCAAGAUUGUUUUUCUGAGCCGUGUUCCUGUUUACAUCAAACAGUAUCUCUCUUCCUAGUUUUCUGUAUAUUCGUUUUUGGGGUCUCUCUCUAGAAAUAAGAACGUUAUCACACAAUUUCAGCCAA